CUGCCCCAUUCUCGCAAACAACCCAAAGCUUUCCUCCCAAUGGCUUCCGUCGAACUUCCCGAGAUCUUCCUCCUCAGUCUCGAGUUCCAGAGCUUCCUCGAUCAGGUGUACUCGUCCUUGUUCGACAGCCUCUCCAACUCUGCACGCGUGAAACGGGCCAAGUCCGCCAGCGGUGCGAUCCGGUAUCUCGAAGCUAAUACCCCAAAAGCGAUCCUUGUGACCGACGAAGGCUUGACGAAAAGAGAGCAUGCAGAAGUGCUUGGACAUAUUCUGCCCUACCUUCGAAAUGGAGGUCUGGUGAUAAUCGGCUUACACUUCCCCAACUUCGCCCACAUGGACGCAUUUGACAACUUCUUUGACAGGCUCGGUCUGCCUUGGAAAAGUGGAGAUUAUCAUCGGACGACCUUUAGAUUCAACCCCUCCUGCACCCUUCCUGCCGGAGACAUUAAGGGUACAAUGCCAGCUCCGUACAGCAUGAAGGUCCUCCAUAUUAAGAAUGCUCGACAGCACGAAAAGAUUUUCGUUCCUAUCUCUGACGCCACAACGCAAUCGCAUGUCUUCUCCCCUGAACCUGUCGACGAGUCGCAAGCGGCGGUUGUUGGAGCAAAAGUGGGAAAUGGGUUUUUGGCCUACGUUGGCGACGUUAAUGGGGAAAGGGGUUCUGAUCAGGUCAUCCUCUCUCUCUGUGGCUUACUCUAAGUAUGAUGGCUUGUGCAACGGCUACAUGGAAGGACUGGAAGAGGAUAUCGAGUUGGAAUGCUUCUCCGGGCGCAAAGCAUACGGGGGGAGGCAUUGUCGCAGGGAAGAGGGACGGGGGACACACAUACGCGAGCUGAGCCUGUACUUAUAGAAGGUACUUAUACUAUUCCCACCUCUCACACACUCUCCUUCUCUUCCCCGGGUUUCAGCAUCUCACGGAAAUGCAAUGGUCCCCGCCAUACCCAGAGACCAGAGCGCUAAGCCUACUCGAGUCAGGACUCAGGGGCAGCGGAACCGGGGCGGCGG